AUGCUGCCACCUUCUAUAUUUAAUCUAACUUGGACAGAAUUGAGACAAAUCUUUCAUGGAUUCUUUCCAGGUAAUCCAACUUUUCUUGAAAAGGAUUAUCCUUCGUUAGAUAACAAAGUAGUCAUCGUAACUGGAGGUAAUGCUGGAGUAGGAUAUCAAGUAGUAAAAUCCUUAGCUGGAUCCACCAAUGCAAAGAUAUACAUCUUCUCCAGAAAUGAAGAAAAGACGAAACACGCAAUUGAACAAAUGAAACUAGAAAUAGCUCAAGAAUACCUGAAAUCGAUCAAUUCUAUCAACUUCAUUAAAGUCGAUUUUGCAGAUUUAACAACCAUAAGACCAGCAGUUGACAAGUUCCUCCAACAAGAAGAAAGACUAGAUCUAAUCAUCCAUAAUGCUGGUGUUAUGACCCCACCUCGUCAUUCUAAAACAAAACAAGGAUAUCAACUCGAAUUAGGCACAAACGUAAUCGGACCCCAUCUCCUACAAACCCUAUUAGACCCGAUCCUCAUCUCCACUUCCAAACUCAACAAACCAAAUGAAUCACGUAUAGUCUGGAUCGGUUCCACCUCCCAUUUCUUCGCUCCAUAUGGUGGUUUGAAUUGGAAAGAUCCCAAUUAUGAAAACUCCCCCAAUGUUCCGUUAAAGGAAAUGUAUAGUCAAAGUAAAGCCCUUGUUAUGAUGCAAGCCAUCCAAUGGCCAAAACGACAUCCAGAAGCUUCCAAUGUUGUGAGUGUUUCUGUUUGUCCUGGAUAUUUGAGAACUGAACUCCAACGAAAUAUGCCAUUUUUCCUGAGGAUAGGGUAUGAUCUUACGUUUCAUAAGGCAAGAUAUGGGGCAUAUACGGAGUUAUUUGCCGCGUUGUCGCCAGAAGUAACAAAGCAAAGAAACGGGGAACAUAUAAUUUCAUUUGGGAAUUGGGGUGUGAUUAGAGAUGAUAUUAAAGAUGCUGCAAAUUGUGAAAAAGUUUGGGACUAUUUACAAGAACAAAUAAAACCUUAUUUAGUUUAA